AUGCCAGCCGUGGGCGUGCGGGGAGCGGGGUUGCCUCCAACCCAAACUAUACAUAAACAACAUCGACCCCCGUCGGAGGUCUCCGGACCCAAGCCAUUUAUCUCUAUUUUCAAGUUCUACCUGAAAGAGCCUAUACCGAGAAUGACAGCCCACGACUACGAAACUUUUAAAUUAGGGGACUGGGAACUCCAGAGUGGGGAGAAGCUCGCCGACGCGCACAUCGCCUACAAGACAUUCGGGGACCGGGCUUCGCCGGCGAUCGUGUACCCAACAUGGUUUUCAGGCUUGCUUUUCGACAAUUUUUGGCUGAUCGGGGAAGACAAGACCCUUAACCCUAACAAGUUCUUCAUCAUCAUCCCCGCCUUGUUUGGGAACGGCCAGUCUUCGUCUCCUUCCAACCAGCCGAACCCGGGGCCAUUUCCGAAAUGCUCCUUCUAUGACAACGUCCGAGCCCAGCAUAUGCUCGUCACCAAGCAUUUGGGCAUCACGCACCUACACGCUGUUGUUGGCUGGUCAAUGGGAGGAGCGCAGACCUUCCAGUGGGCAACCCAGUAUCCAGAAUUUAUGGAUUUAGUGGUACCAUUUUGCACGUCUGCGAGAACCUCAAUCCACAACCAGGUCUUCCUCGAGGGCGUCAAGAGUGCUCUGCUUGCGGCAAAAGGUACUCGUUCGGCUGGAUCAGGCGCAAUUGGGGUUCGUACUGGCUGUACAGAAACUCAUACGUGGACAAACGAGGAAAGAGAUAUCGGGCUCAAGGCAAUGGGCAGAGUGUAUGCCGGAUGGGGAUUGAGCCAGGCCUUCUAUCGACACAAGUUGUAUGAGACGGCACUGGGAUAUGAGGGUCUGGAGGAUUUCAUGCUGAAUUUCUGGGAGAAGUGGGCUUGCUCCAAAGACCCCGAGAAUCUGCUGGUGAUGAUCCAGACCUGGCAGAACGGAGAUGUCUCCAAGCAGGAGCACUACAACGGCGACUUCGAGCAAGCCAUGGCAUCCAUUAGGGCAAGGGUGCUGGUUCUUCCAGCAAGGACUGAUCUAUAUUUCCCACCGGAAGAUUCACAAUAUGAAGUUGCUUGCAUGAAGCCCGGGAUCGGACGGUUGGAUGUUUUCCCUUCAAUUUGGGGUCACUGGGCUGGAGGUCCUGGCAAUAGCAAGGAGGAUGUUAAGUGGUUGGAUCAGCAGUUGGCUCAAUUUUUUGCUGAUAAUGCCAAUGCUGUGGGUUCUUAG